CCUGGUUACCUGCCAAUGUGGGCACCUGUGGUUUAAGUAAACCUGUCAGUGCGAGCACACAGGAGGUUUGAGGAUUCCAUGCACUGACUGACAAGACGUUGAUGUAGUUGAACAAGGUACACAUCCAUUUUGUGCAGUGCACUUUUGUCAGGUGUGAGCUAAGGCAGACUGCAACCCUAGGGUCAUUAGAAGAUGCAACAAGGUCGUCUAAGACUGCGACCCUGGCUUGAGAAGCAGAUACAGUCAGGGAAAUACCCAGGUGUCACCUGGCUUGAUGAGACAACUCAAGUUUUCCAGAUUCCUUGGAAGCAUGCGGCUCGACAUGGUUGGAAUAUAGACAAGGACGCCACUUUGUUCCGAAACUGGGCAAUGCACACAGGCAGAUACAAACCUGGGAUAGACAAGCCUGAUCCUAAGACCUGGAAAGCCAACUUCCGAUGUGCCCUGAACACUCUACCCCAUGUGAUAGAGCUACAGGGCAAGAGCAUCAAGAAGGGCAGUAAUGCCUCCAGGGUUUACAUGAUGCUGCCUGUUGUUAAGCGUAUCGAACGAAGAAAAGGACCACAGAAGUCAGUUGAUAUAAAACAUAGUCCGAUCUCCCUCUCAGAAAAUGAGGCACAUUCUUGUGCUCCACUGGAUGGGUUUGCAGAGGUUUUCCUGAAGUAUAGAGGUGGACAGACCAGUCACAACCCUGCUAUGUUUCAUGUCGAGGACAACUACCCUCCCAACAACAACGAGGAAAGAUCACCAGAACAGCCCCACCAGUCUUCCUUCAUACCUGAAGCACAUAAAAACUCUGAUGCUAAUGAGCAAGCAGACGCUGUAUUCAAGAUUGUUGAUCACCUAAAACACUUGGAGCACUGGAGCCAGUCUAAUGACAACAGAAGCUGGAGGGCAACAGACACCAGCUGGGUGGACAGUUACUGUGAGGAUAUGGAUUACUUGGGGUAUCCCAUGGAGACUGACUGCUACACUUACAGUGCACAGCAAAUACAAUUUCUAUAAGACAAGUGGGAGCAACAUGCAUCGAACGGAAUGCCAAGCUAAAAUCCCCGAAAAAGGAGGAUACCACAUUCCAAGCCAUGCUGGCACAAGCUCUCUAAAAUUCUGUAUUCUGAUGGACUGCCAGACGGCGACCAAGGGUCUGAGCACACAUACAGUACAUUAAAAACUAUUAAGUGCUACACCAUCACAUUACAGUGACAGUCUACUUGUUCAGAUUAGAAUGACUGAGUUCUUUUAAAUGUUUGCUUUUUAUUGAACUUAAAAUUGAUACAAUUGAGUUUUAGCAUAGCAUCUCAGGAAAUACCCUUCAAGAUUGAGAUGGUUUAGGAUGAAUUGGACCAGAGUGAAGGAAAAACAUCAAGUGCUCAGCAUGUGUGAACUCCCAAGAAAGUUGAAAGAGCAUUCCUCGUGAAGCUGGUUGAGAAUGCCAAGUGUGCAAAGCUGUCAAAGGAAAGGUUGGCUACUUUAAAGAAUCUCAAAGAUUAAAUAUAUUCUGAUUUGUUUUAACACUUUUUUUGGUUACU